ACGUGCUGCUGCUGUUUCUCCAGAGACAACGCUAGAUUGUGGCUAGCUAGAAAAUGUUAGUUAUUCCUUUCCGGCCUGCUUAACGUGGUCGGCCACCUCCUCCCUCUUCUGGUUAGCUCAACCUAGCUAGCACCUCCUCCGAGGUGUUUAGGGACAGCCUUGAUUGUAGGAAUGAUCGAGCUAUAGAAGCUAAUGGAGCUAAUGUUGCAGAUAAAUAAACGGCAUCUAGCUUUUAACAGCUGUUUGCCUUCAUAGUGUGGCUUCUUAGUGAUGAUUUCGUGCGUUUUUGACUGGAAAUUGCAUAAUCGUGGUCGUUUUUUAUUUGACCAGUUUUAGCAAGGUGGUAGUGAGAUUUUUUUUUAUCGUGGGUGUGUGUUGCGGUUAAGUCAUGUUUGAUUUUGUCCGUAAAACUGGAAGAUCUGGACAAUUUUAUUCCUCAUUUCAGUGCGUUGUUUACCACCGAAGAUUUAGUACAUUUUCCUGUGAUUUUGAAAGUUUCAUUUAUUUUUGUUUUCAUUAUUAAAAUCCAAUCACAUGUAACAGAUUCAUCUGAAGUUUUAGCUAAUCGAUCCAAGUCAAGGUAAACAAAUUGCACUCAGAUUAAAAGGGGCUUGACUUUAAGCUGCAUCUUAAUAGCUGUUAAAUCUAAUAAGUUUAAUGAUGGUGGGUUAUUAUUUACCUACUUAUCUACCUGAGCCAUGCAGCUGUUGAUGAAAAUUAACAUUUCACAACAAACAAGAAUCGAGUGACUGGCUUCCGAGGAGCAUUAAAUGCAGCAUUUAAUUCAUAAAUCAAGUGCAGUCAGAACUGAACAUGUUGAAUAACUUCACUGAGUUGUGUGACAUAAGUCUUCUACACUAGACAAAGAGCAGUCCGAAGACCUCUUAUGAUGAAUUAUAUAAAUGGAAACCGUGUUUAUUCGCCCGGACGUGGGUCGUCACCGGGGACCCCAUCUGUAGCCAGGCCUGGAGGUGGGGCACUUUGGCGAGCACCUGGUAGCCGGGCUUUCACCCAUUGAGCCCAGCCGGGCACAGCCCGAAGAGGAAACAUGGGUCCCCCUUCCCAUGGGCUCACCACUCGUGGGAGGGGCCAAAGGGGUCGGGUGCAGUGUGUGACGGGUGGUAGUCGAGGGUGGAGAUCUUGGCGGUCUGAUCCUCGACUACGGAAGCUGGCUCUUGGCACAUGGAAUGUCACCUCUCUGGUGGGGAAGGAGCCUGAGUUGGUGUGUGAGGUUGAGAGGUUCCGACUAGAUAUAGUCGGACUCACCUCAACGCAUGGCUCUGGCUCUGGAACCAGUUUCCUUGAGAGGGGUUGGACUUUCUACCACUCUGGAGUUGCUCCCACUGAGAGGCGCCGAGCAGGGGUGGGCAUACUAGUUGCCCCCCAUCUUGGUGCCUGUACGUUGGGGUUUACCCCAGUGAAUGAGAGGGUAGCCUCCCUCCGCCUACGUGUGAGGGGACGGGUUCUGACUGUGGUCUGUGCUAAUGCACCAAGCUACAGUUCAGACCACCCACCCUUUUUGGAGACCUUGGAGGGGGUGCUGGAAAGCGCUCCUUCCGGUGACUCCCUCGUUCUGCUGGGGGACGUUAACGCUCACAUGGGCAACGACAGUGAGACCUGGAGAGGUGUGGUUGGGAGGAACGGCCCCCCCCCCGAUCUGAAUUCGAGUGGUGUUUUGUUAUUGGACUUCUGUGCCAGUCAUGGAUUGUCCAUAAUGAACACCAUGUUCAGACAUAACUGUGUCCAUAUGUGCUCUUGGCACCAGGAUACCGUAGGCCGCAGCUCGAAGAUUGACUUUGUUGUUGUUUUGUCUGACCUGCGGCCGCAUGUCUUGGACACUCGGGUGAAGAGAGGGGCAGAGCUGUCAAUUCCCACCUCCGACAGAACUUCCAAAAUGUUCCAGGAGAGGCGGGGGACGUUGAGUCUGAAUGGACCCUGUUCCGUGCCUCCAUUGUUGAGGCAGGCGACCGGAGCUGUGGUCGCAGGCUCGUCAGUGCCUGUCGUGGUGGCAACCCCCGAACCCGCUGGUGGACACCGGCGGUUAGGAAUGCUGUCAAGUUGAAGAAAGAGUCCUAUCAGGUCUUUUUGGCCUGUGGGACUCCAGAGGCAGCUGACCGUGCGCUACCAACACUAUCUAUAGUGGGGACGUGUGCUGCUGACCUCCACUCAGGACGUUGUGGAUCGGUGGGCAGAAUACUUCGAAGACCUCCUCAAUCCUGUGGCCCUGUGGGGGGUACUCCGGCAGUAUGGGGUACCAGGCUCUCUGAUACGGGCUUUUAGUUCCCUGUAUGAUCAGUGUCAGAGCUUGGUCUGCAUUGCCAGCAGUAAGUCGGGCUCGUUCCCAGUAAGAGUUGGACUCCGCCAAGGCUGCCCUUUGUCACCGUUUCUGUUUAUAACCUUUAUGGACAGGAUUUCUAGGCACAGCCAAGGUUUGAAGGCAUCCCUUUUGGUGACCUGAGGAUCAGGUCUCUGCAUUUUGCAGAUGAUGGGGUCCUGUUGGCUUCAUCAGAACGUGAUCUUCAGCUUUUGCUGGAGUGGUUCGCAGCCGAGUGUGAAGCAGCUGGGAUGAGAAUCAGCUCCUCUAAAUCUGAGACCAUGGUCUUGAUUCGGAAAAGGGUUGAAUGCCUUCAAUCAAUCAAAAUUUAUUUAUGAAGCGCUUUUCAUGCAAAUGCAGCUCAAAGCGCUUAACAAUAUUAAAAACAACCAGACAGCAGUCGGUUUCCCACCCCUCCCACACAGAUUCACAUAAGAGAUCCCCCUUUGUUUCUCCCUCCUCCCACCCUCAAUCCCGUCCCAAGCAGAUGCAAACUCCCGCGCACACACACACACGCACACACGUAAUAGAGAAAGGGCAGCUGGCUGAGUGCAGAUGUAGUAGAUACAAAGAAGACAAAAACGCCAUCAAAGGAGCUAACUGCACCUGGAGCACCAAGAUUGGCAGCAAUAGCCUUGGCAAGAGUAGACAUGGGAAGCACCUUGGCCGCCACAGCCCACCACUGCCUCCGGGGCAGCCGGCCCCCACAGAGGAAACACUAGUUUACUAAUGAGACUAAGAUAACAGUUAAGAAACAAAUUAAACAUAAACAGCUGAUAAAUAAAAAUCUAAACAAAACACAGUGAUGGGGAUGAGGUCCUGCCCCAAGUGGAGGAUUUUAAGUAUCUCGGGGUCUUGUUCAAGAGUGAGGGAAAACUGGAGCGUGAGAUCGAUAGGCAGAUUGGUGCUGCAUCUGCAGUGAUGCGGGCAUUGUACCGGUCUGUCGUGGUGAAGACAGUGCGGAGUCAGAAGGCGAAGCUCUCGAUUUACCGGUCGAUCUACGUCCCUACCCUCACCUAUGGUCAUGAGCUUUGGGUAGUGACCGAAAGAACGAGAUCAUGGAUACAAGCGGCUGAAAUGAGUUUUCUCCGAAGAGUGACUGGGCUCUCCCUUAAAGAUAGGGUGAGAAGCUCUGUCAUCUGGGAGAGGCUCGGAGCAGACCCCCUGCUCCUCCACAUCGAGAGGAGCCAGUUGAGGUGGCUCGGGCAUCUGGUCAGGAUGCCUCCUGGACGCCUCCCUGGUGAGGUUUUCCGGGCACGUCCAACCAGGAGGAGACCUAAAGGUAGACCCAGGACACGGUGGAGGGACUAUGUCUCUCACCUGGCCAGGGAACACCUUGGUAUUCCCCUGGAGGAGCUGGCCCAAGUGGCUGGGGAGAGGGAAGUCUGGGCCUCUCGCCUUAAGCCGGGCGUACACUGUGCGACUUUUUCACUUUUUUGAGCCAAUUUUCCACUCGUGCGAGAAUCCACGAGAUCGGGGCGAGUUUUGCGCUGAGCUUCGUGUAGUGUACAGGGAUUACGAGAGGUGAUUAACACCAGUGACCAGCUACCGAUCAGCAAUCGUGAGCUCGCACGGACUUCUGGCGUGUUUGAUAUUUUGCUCGUCCCUCGUGAGGGUAUUGCACUGUUGAAGCGGCGCUGUGAGCAGCUGCGACCCAAAAAGUAUCAGAACCGCUCACGGCGCAUGCGCAAUCAUGCAUCAACACCGCUCGCCCGCUAUUUCCCUAAUAACACACGUUGUUCUUUUUUGUUUUUACACAUUUUUUUACUCACAAAGAUUGUCAAGAAAGCGUGUUUGUCGUGUUCAUGUCAAAUUAAACUGAUCACAAAACAUAGAUUUACUUUCUUUAUUUCGUUUUCCUCAUCCAACCUCCAUAAAUCGCUGUGUGUCCUCCUGCAGCACUCCCGAAGGACAACAGGCAAAACAAGACAAAAAAGUCUUGAUGUGUUGUGUAAAAACUGCUAUUUUUAGCAUAUUUUUAGGUCCGACGUGUUGCUACCAGACGUACAGUGUGAGCAGUCAGGUCGCAUCCGAGAACUGGGUCGUACAGUGUGAGCACAUGACUCGUGAGAUCUGCCCUGCGAGGAAGUCGUACAGUUUGAGCUGAAGCUGAGCGCUACAAGUGAAAAAGUCGCGCAGUGUACGCCCGGCUUAAGGCUACUGCCCCUGCGACCCGACUCCGGAUAAGCGGAUGAAAAUGGAUGGCUGGAUGGAAGUCUUCUACACACUGUUGCUGAAUUACAUUUUUUUUUAAGUUAAUGACUUAAGAUAUAAGAUAUUUGCUUUCAAGCAAAAUAUGUUUUCUCUCCCAACACCGGUAAUAAUAAUUAUAAUAAUGAUAAUAAUAAUACAUCUAACUAAGGUAAGAUUUUUAUAUAGCUGUCAGCUUUUUUCUCCUCUGCAUCCAUGUUGUUCCUUUUGCAUUUUCUAUGUACACUGCCUGGAAAUAAAUGUCACUAUUAUUACGUUGGAGCGCCCUUAGCUUUGAUUACGGCACGCAUUCGCUGGGGCAUUGUUUCGAUAAGCUUCUACAAAGUCAAAAGAGCUAUUUCCAUCCAUUGUUGCAUUAACUUUUCACCAAGAUCUUGCAUUGAUGAUGGUAGAGUCUGAUCGCUGCACAAGCCUUCUCCACCGCAUCCUAGAGACUUUCUAAGGGCCUUUUCCACCGACCAAACUGGCAUGGAAUGGGAAGGAUCGGGUCGCUAAAUAUUUUGUUUCGAUCGUUGAACCAGUCCAGGAAACCUACCCGAACCGGUCCAGUAGCGGGCCAGAGCGGGACCCCUUCUGUUGUGGGUCCAGAGAUUUUUGGUCUGGGCGGAGCCACAGCGUAAAAGGUCCAGAGUCCUCUGAUUGGGGGAGAAAUUACGUAACUACCCGUGACAAUCCCAGGGGAUGGAAAGAAGUGAGUCGAGUUCCAGUGUUUGUUUGGCUGUACUCCUUGUGUGUGAAAAUGCCUGCAACAAGUAAUAGCUUUUGGUCCAAUGCGGAGCUUCAAACGUUCCUCACCAUCAUCGGAGAUGGCAACAUUCAGGCCGAGCUGGAUGGGAUGAUAAGAAAUGAAAGUCUUCAAAGAAGUUUCUCAGCGCAUGGCAGCUGAAGGAUUCCAGCGCACCUCCGAGCAGUGUCGUGCGAAGCUGAAAAAAAUAAAAGCCCACUACAGAAAAGUUAAGGACAGCAACGGCCGUAGUGGGAAUGGGCGAAGUACAUGGAAGUGGUACGAUGUGGUGGACGCUAUUUAUGGACACAGACCGUCAAACCGAGGCAGCGAAGGAGGCUUGGACUCGGCGACCAGUAUCCUGGAGUCACUCAUAAACCCUGUUGGUAAGCACUUCUUUUGUUGUCUUUUUAGCUCUGCAGGCCAUUCAUUGCAGCACCAAAAACACUGAAUAAUAGCAGCACCUAUUUAAGAAAUGCUCAGCAAGUAAAGGAUUUACCACCUCAUGUUAACUAGCCUUAGCAUCCCCUCGUGUUUAUGUUAACCUUCAUUUAGCAUUCCCCCGUGUUUUUUAACACGCUGUUCGCGAUAUAAGCCUUUUUUGUUUAGCAUGUCGUUGUUGCGUACAUGAGGCUGGAGCGGAGUUUGCCUUUCUUGUUAGCGUCUCAUUGUUUAAAACAUGGGAAAUUCGGUUAGACUUUCACGUUAGCAUCUCAGUGUUUUUAGCAUCUCAUUGUUUUAUACAGCUGAGCACCCACAUUGAGGAUCAGCGAGCUGAUCUAAUAUUAUAAAUAUCCCAAAAGUUGUGCCAGCAGUGUUUUUAGCCUAGAGUGGACUUUUAACAAGUAUAUAUUUUUCGAUUGAAUAAGAAUAUAACAUUAAAUUGCAAUUAAUUGUACGUCACUGGCGAAUUACUGCCAUCUAGUGGACACGUUCCAAAUGACAAAAUGGCCUUAACUCAUAGUAGUUUUAUUAAGUUUACUAUAUGCCUAUAUGCUCUUUUGCUGCAAAAAUAUUGUGCUUUUCUUACUGAUUUAUUUUGUGAUCUUUUCUUACUAAUUUUUUGAUCUGUGUUUUUCAGACACAUCUGAAGCGGAAAACACUCCCUCUUCAGAGGAACCAUCCACUUCCUCAAGUAGCACUCCAGGACCUUCUGUGCCACCAUCGCCUCGGCCAGUUCCUUCGCCACCACCAUCACCUCUGUCCACUACCACUCGAGAGGAACAUCUACCAUGUCGUUGACGCACAGGUGACCGAAGACGGCGAUUGGAAGCACGGACACAGGUGAUAUUUGAUGAGUUGCAGAUCGCAGAUGGCAGGCAGAUGGACAGAAUGGAAGGCAUAAGCCGGGAGCCGGUUAACUGGAUGCAACAAGACGCAGCAGCAGCAAGGCAACAUGAAUUACAGAUCGCAGAGCAAUAUUUUGAACAUUUGGGUGCCCUAAAUGCUGUUCUUGGACUGGUCGCACAAAGAAUGGGCAGCUCCUCUGACUUCCUGCCACCACCCAGGCAGUAUGGAGCUAUGUAUUUGUCCCGUAAUUUUUUUUUUAUCCGUCUGUCCUUUUUAUCAA